UACAUUUCAUCAGCACAAAACAUCCAAACAUUUCUCCAUCUUCCAAGCGUGGAUCAAAACAUGACAGGCAUAAAUCAUCUUUGACUUUUACGUGACUUUGAUCCAGGCAGGGGUCAUUUCAACAACACGCCGACUCUUCUUUAGCAACAUCUAAGCAAAAUAGACCGCCUACACGGCGCUGUUUGAUUUGCACCUGUUUGUUUGUUUGUUUUUCCGUAGAGACGAAUGUUUUGUUUAUUAUUCGGUAUGUUAUGUAAAUAGUUUAUGUCCGUCGUUUCAUCCAGCGGUUUCUAAAGAGGCUUCAAUCCUUUAAAGAUUAUGGAAUCUGCCGUUUGGUAGCUUUGAACCGACCAAACAAAAACAACACCUGAAUAAACAUGGAGACAAUUUGGCUUUACCAAUUUCGACUGAUUGUUAUUGGGGACUCCACUGUUGGAAAAUCGUGUUUAAUUAGACGAUUCACAGAAGGCCGCUUCGCACAAGUGUCGGACCCGACAGUCGGGGUAGAUUUUUUCUCCCGCCUGGUGGAGAUUGAACCUGGGAAACGCAUUAAACUGCAGAUUUGGGACACUGCAGGCCAGGAACGCUUCAGGUCCAUUACCAGAGCAUACUACCGUAACUCCGUGGGAGGUCUGCUGCUCUUUGACAUCACCAACCGUCGCUCCUUCCAGAAUGUUCACGAGUGGCUAGAAGAGGCACGCAGCCACGUGCAGCCCCACAGCAUUGUCUUCCUGCUGGUCGGCCACAAAUGUGAUCUGGAACCACAGCGUCAGGUGAGCCGGCAAGAGGCCGAGAAACUAGCGGCUGCAUACGGCAUGCGCUACGUGGAGACUUCAGCUCGUGAUGCCAUAAACGUGGAGAGGGCUUUUACGGAGCUAACACAGGAUAUAUUCGAGCUGGUGAAGAGUGGGGAGAUUACCAUCCAGGAAGGUUGGGAGGGAGUGAAGAGCGGGUUUGUACCGAAUGUGGUGCAUUCAUCAGAAGAAGUGACAAAGGGCGAUCGCCGGUGUUUCUGCUGAGUCAGUAAUCGCCACCCUGGUACCUAUCAAACAUUUGGGCCCCGGUGGACAAAAAAACCCUGCUUCCUCCAAUCACAGGGUCAGUCUUCAACUCACUGAUUAUGACAUCAUCACCCCUUUCCUGCCUGCUGAAUGCCUAAACGAGUCCCACC